AUUUUGGCACCUUUAGCAACUCUCAGCAACUAGUGACUUUUUUCUUAAUUUAAGCAACUUUUACAACCGUUAUUCCCUUUUCUUUUCAUCUUGUGACUAAAAUAUUACCUUCUUGUUUUCCAUGAAGUGCUGUUGAAGAAGUAUCACCUUUCACACCCUGUUUCAAAACAUCUAAAGCCCUCAAGAGAAAGCAGGUUCGUAAGCGUGUCACCAACUUGAAGAAUAUAUUAAUAUUAAAUAUGUCACUUGUUGCGUAUGAAGAUAGCGAUGAAGAAAUAUCUGACGAGGAAGGAGAUGAAGUGGUCUCAUCAAACCCAAUCAGUAAACCUGGGACAAAGGUGCCUGAAAAGGUAGCUGUGAAUGGAGGAAAAGUUCACAAUUCUCAGGAUGCAGAGGAAAUAUUUGAGCUCGAUGACAACAAAAUUGAAGAUCUUGAUGAUGAUGGCCCCAGUAGUAGUGCGAGCAACUCUUCCCUUUUGACUUCGUUACCUGCCCCUAAGUCACAAGUUCCUACACUGGAUCUUAAUUGGGUGGACAAACGUCCAAAGUCGAAAAAUCAGCCUGUAAAAAUUUUGAUUCCCUCGCUCUCUGAGUUUGAAGAGGAAGAACCAGAAGAACCAGUUAAGAAGAAGAUUAAACCCUCAUCAAAAGGUUCGGGACUCUUUGCUUUACUCCCAAAGCCCAAGUCAGAAUCCUCUUCCUUAAAGCUGGUCCCUCCAUCUGUUAAGAAAGCUCAAACACCACUAAUUCCAAAACAAGUUAAUAAAACACUGAAUCCAGCUCCCAGUAUCCAGAAGCCACCCAAUAAAAUCAAUCUGGAUUACAAUGACUCCGAUGAAGAAGAUGCACCUGCAGAAAAAGCGACUGAUUUCUUCUCACUGACGGCAAAACUAGAAGCUGCACCUGUUCCUGUCGUAGAUAUUCUAGAUGUUCCAGAUGUUUCCGCACCUUCUACAAAUGGUUAUUCUGGUCCUGAGCCUGCACAGCAACAAAAGCCUGGACACUCCAAUAGCUACUUUGCGCAACAAGUUGCAAAUGCAACGAGUACAAAUAAUUACUCGCAGUACCAAGAGUCCACCAGUCAACCAAGUCAGCCAGUUGCCUCAGGAGAUUAUAUUCCCUUCGAUUCUAGUGAAAUAGAAUUGGAUGAUGAUGCGCUGCGACAAUUAUGCGGGCGCAAAGAUCGUAAAGCAGCAAGUCAACUAAUAGACGUUCGUGGUGACAGUUUAGUCAUGAACUCUCAAGAAUGGCUCAUGCAGUCCUUAUCAGAAGAAAAAGUACAAAAAUCUCAUAAGAAGAAUAAGAAGGAUGGUCCCUCAACUAUGGAAAAACGAAAGCAUCAAAUUACAUACUUAGCACAUCAGGCCAAGGAGAAUGAAUUGGAGCUGAAAAAUACUUGGGCCAAUAACAGGCAAACAAGGAAACAAACGCAAGCAAAGUAUGGGUUCUAGUGUGUCAUCCUUCGCUUGAUUGUAAAUAUCUAGGUAAUGUAAAAAUCUUUGUUGAUGUAUAUUCGUCUCAUAGGUUUGUAAAUUAAUGUAAAUUUUGUUUUCAGGACGCUAUCGUAAGAUGGAAAAUAAAACAAAGAUUCAAUUUUUUUCUUA